AGAGAGGCUCACACUCAUCAUUGCGACUCACUGACUGCAGCAGAAGCCACAAACACUGCAGGGAACAUGCUCUCUGUAAGGGUCUUCCAGGCAUUUGGAGUAUUUCUGGUCAUCUUAUCUGGUACUGGGGUCACAUCAGAUUACACAGUUGAGAAGGAAUCGACAAAGAAGAAUGUUUCUGAAGAUGUCCCUGUAGUCAGCAACCUAGUUGUUGAAGGAUACACUAAUGCAUGGUUGAAAAAAGAAGUAGAUAUUACACAAUUCGCCAGGCUGGAGCUUUCAUGUGAUUUACGUGGCCUUCCUCAUGUCACAAAUACAAUUAUUGGAUAUUGGAGAAAAGAUGGCAAAGAGAUUCCUUCUACUCGGGUUAAUAUAACUUGGAAAAAUAAGCAACAUUACCUUAAAAAUACGUUCCACAUUACCAACAAUAGUCAUCUGGGUAAUUAUUCCUGUGUAUUUGACCUUAAACCUCCAGCCAUAGCCAUGUUUGUCAUUAAAGUGCCUGACACUGAAGGAAAAGAUAAGCCAAUUGUUAGCUAUGUACGAGAUUCAGUGGUGAUGUACUGCAAAAGUAAACAUAUCCCAGACAACUGGAUUUGGUACAAAAUUCAUGGCAAUGAACAGAUCAUUAUCAAUGAAACAAUAGAUCCUCAACGGUUCAAACUUGAACUAUAUAAUGACACACACGGGUCAAAAUCCACCAUUACAAUACAAGAUUUGACAGAGAAGGAUGCUGGAAUCUUCCGAUGCAGCGCAGUGUACGAAAUUGGGUCAAGUGAGGGCGACAUUCAUCUAAGAGUCUUAAGCUACAUGGAGCCCCUCAAGCCUUUCUUGGCCCUUGCCGCAGAGGUCAUUAUUGUUGUGUCUAUAAUUCUCAUCUGUGAGCACAGAGGCAAGAAGAAGAAAACUCUCACAGAUAAAGAAGCAGAUAUUGAACUAACUGAAAAACUAAAAAAGGAAGAAACCAAUGGUGUGUCUGAUGGUACAACUACAAGACACAGAAAAGCUUAAUUUCCAUAAUUGAAAGGUCCUACAGAGAUACACUGGAUAAAUAUCACAUUUCAUGUGGAUACCUUUGGAUGAAGAUAAACAGCAAGAGCAAAUAAAAAUCUCAAACUUUCUAACAGGACAAACCUAAAUAUGGCUGUGGGAAUGGAUGGUUUGUAUUGGUUGGUGUAGAAUUUAAUACUGAUUUAAAAGCAGAAAAUGUAAAAUCAUAAAAUGUGUACAUAUGUGAACACAUAUCGGUAAUAUACUGAUUUGUGUGUGAAUAACUGUGCUCUGAUGGAAAUUUAUUUAGUUUAAAAAAAACAAUCUGUUUUCUGAAUCUUAGUAAAGCAAACCUCUUACAGUAAACAUGUGCAAAUCCUACUAACUCACAUUUAUUUUUUGCUCUGCGGUGGAUAAUGUAGUUGAACGUUCUCUUAAUUUCCAUUAUUGGUGGUUUAAAUAUAAUGGAACUGACUUAACAAUUCAUAGAAAUUUCUGCAAUGAAUGCUUAGCAGAUAUGAGUUAUUUUGUUGAAAGGCAGGUGUUUGUCAUUAUACUAUAUAGUAAAUAGAAAUGAACAUCUACCUCUCUUCUCUUAAGAAUUUAUUACUGUAUGUAGUCAGCUAAUCUUAUGACUUUUCUUUCUUUAUUUUAUAUUGGUAUUAUAUGUGCAUCUGUUUCCCUCAUGUCUCAGCUUCUUUUAAGGAUUUAUAUUUCAUCUUAUCUGCAAAGCCCGCAAAAUGUUAUGGCUUUCUUCUGGAGAGCCAUUGCUUAAAACUUUCAUAGUAGAAGAGCAGCCAUUAAAUAGUUAGUUUCAAUUUUACUAUUAACCCAAAAUAAAUGGAAUUCGCUAUACCAAACAGUUUCCAGUAGCCUAAUCAACAUAGCUAGACUGUUGUUCCCUCACUCCGUAUCUGACUCAGAUGCAGUAUCUAUCCCAUCUGUAUCUGAAAUUUCCCAUCCACUGUGACUCCCAGUCCUAGGGUUAAACUGAAAGCUAUUGAAAUUUUCCUAUACCAGAAGAAGAAUCAAUUAUAAAUAAUACUUUUUGGAUGGAACAAGACAUUUCAGAAUGGAGUGUGAAAUUAGAUUAAAAUCAGGGACAACAUUCCCAUAUCUAUACUAUACAUUUCUGCAUAAUACAUCAUAUUAGAUUAUUGCAACAUCAAAAGCAUAAUGUACAAUACAUUAUGUUUAAAUUCAUUCUAUAAAUGUAUAUUUCACCACUAAGGGAAUUUGACUCCAACAACUACUUGAAGGACAAUGUACUGUAUCUUCUUGAACAACCUAACACCUUGGCAUCUGUACAGUCUUUGAAGAACACAACUUUUCAGUUCCUGUCUGAACAUUAGACAUAGAUUAUUUCCAUUUUUAUUCCAAUUUUUGCCAAACCACAUACAAGUAAAUACUUUUUCUUCACAUCAACAACUAUAUAUUGUUUAUUUAACAAAUCCAUAAAGGUAACAUUGUCUGCAUACACAUUUUAGAAAUAUAUAUUAUACUGUAUGUGCAUGAGAUACUACAUAAGCCCAUUGCUGCCACCAAGGGAAAAAAUAAUUGCCCUCUUAUCUCGUAAUUACGAGAAAAGUAUCUUGGAAUUACGAUAUAACGAAUUAUCUUGUACUUACAAGAUAGCAAUGAUUACUUCAGUGUAUGUAUGUUGUGCACUGAAUGCAUCUAGAAGCUACCGUGAGCUUGGCUGACAUUUUCAGUUUAAUGAUUGUGUCAAUGUCCAGCGCUGCAGAAUUUGUACGGAUUUACUUUCAACAGGGGUUUAGUCAUAAUGAAAAUUUUAGCAAAUUUGAACAUAAUCAUUAUAAGCAUGAGGACCAGUUUUGUGGGAUUUAGAGAUCAAAGCAAUGAUGGCUCUGUUAAGUAAAGUUAUAUAGUAUGUGCCAUUAGUUCCACUGCUUAAAACUGUAAGUACUGUAGGUAUUAUACUAUAUGACAAUUGUGCUAUCGUGUGAUCACAUAAAAUACUCAAGAAUUACAAAGUUAUCUCGUAAUUACGGGAAAAUGUUCUUGUAAUUACGAGAUACCUUUGUCAGAAUUACAAUAUAAGGGCGAGGAUUUUUUUUCCUUGGUGGCAGCAAUGCGCUUCUGUAAGAUACUGCUAUGCAUUGCAGCUUUGGUUAGGCACACUUUAUCAGGGAAUUCCUACCUUGCCUAUUAGUAUAGUGGAAAAAACUGUAGUAUUUUAACACGACAUGCUUUUAGGAAGUUAUAGAAUUUUAAAGAAAAAACUUUGAAAGCAAUGAUAUCAUUGUCAUAAGAACAUGUAAAUAUAAGAAAGAUUACAAAUGAGUAGAUGUCAUUUGGCCAUCUAGUUCAUUUGGUUGCUAGCCACAAGGUGAUCUAAGGGUCUACCAUUUCUUGAAAGAAACCAAGGUAUCAGCUUCAACGACAUGACUUGAUAAAUAUUUUCUGUGAAGAAAACUGUCUCGUGUUCAAAUCUACAUGCCUCCUUUAAAAUGCCUCCUUUAAAAUCUGGUUUAUCUUUCACUACUACUACUUAGUAGAUUUUAAUAGUGAUCUCUAACUGUGAAACUGCAAAUUUCAUGUUCAACACACUUUAAAAAUGUGUAGCAUCAUCUACAGUCUUUAGUAAAAUUGGUUGUUUAUUCGCAGUUGCAUUACAAAGUUUGACAAAGUAAUUGUAAUACAUACUGUAUAAAGACAUAAACAAUGCAAAAAUAACAAUAUAUUUUAUGUUUCAUAAGAAAA